AUGACACACAGGUCGCUCAAGGGGCAGGGCCUCACAGGGAGCAUCCACUCGGAGAUCUCCAAGCUCACCACCCUCACCGUGCUUGACCUGCAGUCCAACCGGCUGGAAGGCAAGAUGGACGCCUUCACUGCCAACAUCAAGGCGCCUCUUGUGCUCAAGGAGCUAUCAUACAACUACCUCUACGGCGCCUUUUCCUCGACCCUCUUCGCCCUCAAGACCCUCUCAACACUCUCCGUGGCCUUCAACUACCUCACCGGAUCACUCCCCACCGCACUCCCCACCAUGCUCGCCUCUCUGGACAUGCAAAGCAACUUCUUGGCGCGUUCUGUGGCGGCCAACAGCAUUGCAUACUGCGCCAGCAUAGGCAACUGCCUGGUGGACGCGUCCAAGUGUGCAUCACUAGGACUGCCACAGCGCAGCGCCGCUGAAUGUGCCAUCAGUGGCUCCACCAACGGCCAGGGCACUCUGUGUGCUGCUGCCACCACCUGCCGGGUUGCUGCUGCUGGGGCUGGGGUGACAACGCCCCCCACCUCGCUUUCUGCUAGUCUCCCUCUCUUCUGCGAGGCUGUUUCCAUGGACUUGGUAUCAACCCAAACGAUGCUGGCCAUCAAAGCUGCACUGGGGGUGACGCUCGCAGACCGGGCAGGGACUCAGGGCACGUGCACGUUGGAGGGGCAGACUCCCGGCCCAGGCGCAUGGACUGGCGUCUACUGCAGCUCGACGUGCAUUGUGCUGCCAAACAAGAAGCUGAGUGGAAGCCUCUCAACAGACAUUACCGACCUCACAGCCCUCACGUUGCUUGAGCUGAGCUCUAACCUCUUCCAGCACCGCCUGGAUGUCUUUCUCUAUGCCGUCUCUGCCCUCAAGGCACUCAAGAAUAUCAAGCUGAACCGCAACUAUCUGACCGGCACAGUGCCGGCGUUCAAGACUACCCUCAAGACCCUCAACGUGGCCAGCAACCUGCUCUCGGGCGCCUUCCCCGCCAUCUCCCUCACCGCCUGCGAUGCCCGCUCCAACUGCCUCUCAAGCGCCACCAAGUGCACCAACGCUGACGGCACGGCGCAACGGGCAGCCUCAGAGUGCAGGGUGUGUGGGUCUACUGAUGCUUCUGCCGUUCUGUGUGGGGGAGGGCUGUGCGCCUCUGAUGCCUCCGCCCCUGCUGCCUCCUCCACCCCCAACACGGAUGGCCAGCCGCUGCUGCCACUGAGCUGCCUGGGAGUGCCCAUGGAUGCGGCCAUGGGGUUGACGCUGCUGAGUGUGAAGGCAUCGCUGGGUGUCACGUUCACGGAUUGGAAUGUGGAUGCGCCUUGUACACUGGCAGGGCAGGCCGUGGUGCCGGGCUCGUGGUCCAGCGUUGUGUGUGACGCCACUGGCAAGGUUCUCACCCUUCACGUUCUAUGCUCACAUUCUCACAUCACCACGUGCUCACACAAGCACGGUCUCAUGCUCACAUGCUCGGAGGUGCACGUGUGUGGGCUGUGCCAUGCUGCACGUGUGUGGGCUGUGCCAUGCUGCACGUGUGUGGGCUGUGCCAUGCUGCACGUGUGUGGGAUGUGCCAUGCUGCACGUGUGUGGGCUGUGCCAUGCUGCAGCGAGCUGGGCAACAACCUCUUCUCAGGCCGCCUGGAUUCCUUCCUCACCCCUCUUCUUCCGGUCAACACCCUCAAAGUCCCCAAGGUCCAGGCCAACUACCUGACGGGCAGCAUGCCGGCAGCGCUGCCGGCGUCCCUCAAGUACCUGGACGCAUCAAGGAACUACCUGGCAUCGCUGGGAGUGUCGUUCACCAGCUGGGUGGUGAGCUCACCGUGUGCCAUGGAGGGAGUGGCAGCACUGCCAGGCGCGUGGUCCAACGUCCUCUGCAACUCUGCCUUCAAACCCGUCUCCCUCUUCCCUUCUCACCCUCUCAUCUCCACCCCCCUCUGCUUCCCCCAUACUCCCUCCACUCCUCUCUUCUCCCCUGCUCUUCCCUCAACUCUCCUCGUCUCUCCUCAUCUCCUCAGAACUCCCCACAUUUCCUCCCAUGGCGUGGUUGCUCUUUUCUUUCAUUUCCGCCCACGCGUCUCCCACCACCUGUCUGUCCCCUCUCAACCCUCUCACCUCGCCCAUGGCAGCAACUUCAACUUCAACUGGUUCGCUGGGUCCAUCCCCUCUGCCCUUGUGGCCAUCACCACCCUCACAUCAUUCUACAACUACUUGUACGGCCCCGUGCCCAAGCUGGGCACGGCUCUCAAGACCAUCAACGUGCAGAAGAACUGGCUGUCCGGCACAUUCCCCGGCACUGGCUUCCUCUCCUGCUCUGCCUCCUCCAACUGCCUUGCCAGCACAGGCGCAUGCAACACCACGGGCACCACGCAGUGCCCAUUGGCUUCUUGCGCCGUCUGUGACUCUCCCUCUGGGGCUGAUCCCAUCUGUGCUGGCGGCACCUGUGCUCCCAACAAUGCCGCCCCUCUUGCCUCCUCCACUACCCCCACCGCCUCGUCUCCCAUUCUCCCACGCUUCUGCGUGGGUGUGCCUUUGAACCCAUCACAAGCCACCAUUCUCCUCUCUGUGAAGACGGCUCUCGGGGUCACCUUCACCGAGUGGUCUGCCAGUACCCUUGCAGUAUCCCUCAGGGCCAAGUCCCGUGGGAACGGGCUCAAGGCGACGGGACAGCAGCGCUUGGUAGAGAGUGAAGCGGGCAGGGAGAGGGUGCUGCUAGUGGCUCCCCCUUCAGGGCAGGCGCGCCUGUGCACGAUUCAAGGCCAGACGCCCAUGCCGGGCUCCUGGUCGGGCGUGUUCUGCUCUUCUGCCGGCGUUGUCGUCGCCCUGGAUCUUCGGAGCUUCCUGGUGCGAGGCACCGUGCACACGGACAUCUCCAAGCUCACCACACUCACUAUGCUGCAAGGGCUUUGGGAACGAUUCUACCUGUCAUCCAACCUCUUCAACCAGCGCCUUGACUCUUUUGUGACUCCUAUCCUGCCCUCGACCUCUCUCAAGGAGUUGGCGGUGAGCUUCAACUGGCUCUACGGCUCUGUGCCAUCCAAGCUCGUAGCCAUGGCCGCCCUCUCCAAUCUUCCCUUCAGCUACAACUAUCUGACAGGCUCGCUGCCCAAGCCCGGUGCCACCCUCAAGGUUCUCGACACACAGGCCAACUUCCUCUCGGGCACUUUCCCCACCGCCACACUAGCAGCCUGCAACGCUCGCCUCAACUGCUUCAGCGACGCUUCAGCUUGCCCCAACUUGGACGGAACGGCACAGAGGCCAGCAGCAGGGUGCAACAUGUGUGGCUCAAUUACCAAGACACAGCCGACGCUCUGUGGAGGAGGUAUCUGCUUGCCCAUCGUUCCUCCUUCUCUCGCUAAGGUUCCCAACAGUGCUGCUGCUCCCACGCUCCCGAUGACGUGUGCUGCCGUGCCCCUUAACGCCACUCUGCAUCCUCCCCCCCUCGCCCCUCCACGUGCACUCCCACCGGCAGUGGCGGCACUGUUGAGUUUAGGGGCGGCUCUCGGGGUCAGAGACACGGACUGGCGCAACGGCAGCAAGUGCAACAUUGAGGGGCAGAGCGCCAACCCCAAGUCGUGGCCGGGCGUCUGGUGCAACGCCAACGGCACCGUCCUCAACAUGUGA